UCGGACCGACAGCAGUGCUCAGAUGGAUGCGGGCCGACUUAGCAGCAUCUCUCAAUAGUGGUAGCAGUAGUGGCGGUGUGACAGCGAGCGCCGAGAUUUCAUUUUUAAAACAGUGACAAGGACAAUGGCUUUUAGACCGACCGCGUUUGCUCUAAUUUUUCUCGGAAUCGUAUUUUUGGUGGAUGCCGUCUCCUUGGAUUUGGACUUAUCCAAAGAAGUGGAGCAUAUAAUCGAAAAAGAAAAUUUCGUUUUAACCUUGAAACACAUCAGGCCGAAAAAACGGGCGAGAGCAUCUGUCGAAACUCUUUUCACUGUAGAUUUUCCCGGAGCGGAGGACAAAUUUUCGUUGCGCCUGGAUCGGAAAACAAAACAUGUUAUCGUCGAGACCCUAGAAGACAGUAGAAGUAGACAGCAACAUUUCACAGUGGACAGUCUUCAAGAAGAUAGCAAUAUUAAUUCCCUCAUUUUGGCUGUCAACCAAUCACAACCGGGUGCCCAUGCAACCCUAUACAUCGACUGCAUUUCCCACGGAAUGGUGGCCACGCCAAAGUCUAUGAGGGAAAUGUACCGUGGCAUGAAUAGAAAGAAAAUAGAAGUGUUUCAUGAGAAAAAAUACUACAUGGAGGUCGAUGGGCAUAGAGACCUGAGAUCAAUCUUGAGUAGGAACGAGUGUCCAUUGCCUAUUGAAAGACAUUUUGAUACCUUUACCAACGAAUUGAGCAACUCGCUUAGAGACGAUCCGAACAUUCAAGCUCAGGAACCUUCGUACGACGAUAGAGGAGACAUUCCGCUCGUGUCGACGUUAGAAGAUGUGGGCAUCAUAAAAGCGCUGAACCAUCUGAUUCGCGUGGUGAAUUUGGAAAUGCAAAAAUGCGAAGCUCAAGCGCAGGCUUUGGAAAACUUGCGCCGCUUGAUUGAGGAAUGCGAGCUGUGUAGACGCCCUCCACCACCACCUCAGCGACCUACGUGCGCCACUCACAACCCAGGUUGCGCUCCGGGUGUAAGAUGUAUCGACACGGCUAAUGGACCAACUUGCGGUGAAUGUCCUUCAGGCUAUGUUGGCAAUGGUUACGAAUGUCGCCCGGGAAGAAGUUGCGCAGAACGUCCAUGCUUUCCCGGAGUAGAGUGCACGGAUACGCCUCAGGGAUACAGAUGCGGCUCUUGUCCCAACGGAUACGAGGGCAACGGGGAACAGUGCCGUAGGCGAAAUCCGUGCGAGUUCAGUCCGUGCGCUCCAGGUUCCCGGUGUAUUCCCACCGAAGAAUCGCCCUAUUAUCAGUGCGUCUCAUGUCCUCGAGGAUAUUCGGGAUCGAAUUGCGACUACAGAGAUGAGUGCGACCUAGACAAACCUUGUGAUCCGAGAGUCGAAUGCAUCAACCUCUGGCCGGGGCACAGAUGCGGUUCAUGUCCGUCAGGAUAUACAGAGAGACUGGAAAGAGGUAGACACACGUGCGUAGAUAUAGAUGAGUGCGCAGAUAGCAGAGCAUGUCCACCACCUUCGCAAUGUACGAACACUCAAGGGUCAUACACCUGUCAAACCAACUGUGAAACGAGAUAUUACAGGAACGGUUCAAUAGGGUGUCUAGAGGCUGGCGAUUUAACAGACGUCUGCGGCAACGGCCAAAGGUGCGACAGCAACGCGAAGUGCGUCAGCCUAGGUUGGGGACAAAACGCCUGCCAAUGUAUCACAGGUUGGGCCGGAAACGGAGAAAUAUGCGGCAGGGAUACAGAUUUGGACAGCUGGCCCGAUGAACGGCUGCCUUGCCGAGACGAGCACUGCGAAAAAGAUAACUGUCCAAACGUUCCUAACUCAGGACAGGAAGAUGCGGACAACGAUGGUAUUGGCAAUGUCUGCGACCCUGAUCCAGAUAACGACGGAGUCUUAUAUGACGAUAACUGCCCUCUUCAUUCCAAUCCAGAUCAAAGGGAUUCGGAAAGAGAACCGGACAGAAUCGGAGACAUCUGUGAUAAUUGCCCUUACCUUUUCAACCCCGAUCAGUCGGACAUAGACAAAGACAACCAAGGUGACAUAUGCGACUCCGAUAUGGACGGCGACAAUAUACCCAACGAACAAGACAAUUGUCCCAAUGUACUCAAUAGCGAUCAGAGAGACAGCGAUGGAGAUGGUAUUGGUGAUGCCUGCGAUAAUUGCCCAAAAGAUUAUAAUCCAUCUCAAGAAGACUCAGAUGACGAUUUAGUAGGCGACGUUUGCGAUCAUCCAGAGGAUAUUGAUCACGACGGAAUAGGUGAUCAGCGAGACAACUGCAAACAUAAACCAAAUCCAGAUCAAAGCGAUCUAGACAAAGACGGUAAGGGAGAUGCAUGCGAUGACGAUAUAGAUGGGGAUGGAAUUCUAAAUCACUUGGAUAACUGCCGACUUACAUACAACCCUUAUCAAGAAGACAUAAAUAGAAACGGAAUCGGUGACGAAUGCGAAAAAGACUUCGAUGGAGACGGUAUUCUGGACACCUACGACAACUGUCCGAACAACUCUUUAAUAUACAGGACAGACUUUAGUAAAUACCAAACGGUUGUCCUCGAUCCCGAAGGAGAGUCGCAAAUAGAUCCGAACUGGGAGAUUCACCAUCACGGAGCAGAAAUCGUGCAAACCUUAAAUAGCGAUCCCGGAUUAGCUGUUGGCCACGAUAGGUUUAUGGGUGUUGAUUUUGAAGGAACAUUCUUCGUCGAUACUGAGACCGACGACGACUAUGUUGGGUUUAUAUUCAGUUACCAAGACAAUCGUCGAUUUUACGUAGUAAUGUGGAAGAAAAACGAGCAGACUUAUUGGUUGCCGACGCCAUUUAGAGCUAUAGCGGAACCAGGAAUUCAAAUUAAAGUUGUAAAUUCGGAGACAGGUCCUGGCGAAUAUCUUAGGAAUGCGCUGUGGCACACCGGCGAUAGCGAGAAUCAAGUCAGGUUGCUCUGGAAGGAUCCCAGAAACGUGGGAUGGAAAGAGAAGACCUCUUAUAGAUGGUUUUUAAGUCACAGACCCAAAAUUGGGCUAAUUAGACUAAAGAUUUUCGAUGGCGAGAAUAUGGUGGCCGACUCAGGAAACAUUUUGGACAGUACCCACAGAGGUGGUAGACUGGGGGUGUUCUGUUUCUCUCAAGAGAUGAUUAUAUGGUCUGAUUUAGUUUACAGAUGUAACGAUAACUUGAGGGAAGACGUUUGGAAAGAGCUGCCGCCUAGGCUACGAAGCAGGGUAGAUAUUGAUGACAGCGUAUUUUACAAUAUUAAAAAUCCGGACGUCUGAUUUAAUCUGUUCGUCGUGCAUUCAGGCUUACCACAAAACCUAUUUAUUUGUACUUACAAAAUUAGAAGGCGGUCAUGACAACAAGAAAUAAAUAUUUUAAUUAAUAAUUAGAACUGAGCAUGUACGUACAUUAGAAGGAGUUAUUUUGGAAAUUCCACAGUUUAUCAUAUGUUUAGUACUACAUAACAUUCUGUUAAAUGAUGCAACAAAAAAAUUGGUUUGUUCAAACUAAUAUGUAUAAUAUACAAACUACAACCAUAAAUCAUGUUCCAUUAUCGCUAAACCUAUCAAAUGGUUAAAUUUCUUAUAGCGAAUUGGUUUUGGCUGGUAUAUCUGAACCGAUUGUUAUAAAUAAUAUAAUAUAUAAUUAUAAAUUAUAAAUAAUACAGAAAAGAAGAAAAAUAAUUAAUAUAAAUAUAAGUAAAGUGUAUUAAAUAUUUUUAAAAAAUUGUAAAAAUAAAAUAAAAUAAAAUUCUUAAAAAUUGACAAUAUUUAUAUGACGAAUCUCCAUCCGAACGGUGGCGCAUGUUUUUUCAAAUAUUCUGUAUUCAAAUGCAUACAAUAUUAUGAGAAAAUGCACAUGUAACUUUAAUUCGUAUAAAAAACAAAACAGAGUUAUAAAAGUUUUAUUCCUAAUUAGUUUGUUUGCACAUUCCGAAACCUUCUUUCAUUUCUUUUCUGAGUACCCAAGUUAAAUUAAUAUUAUGGACAUGGAUGGUAAAUUUUUAAUUUUAAAUUUGAAAAAAUUCCGUAAUUAACAAUUAAUAAAUUCUAGACACUUUUAAUUUAAUUAAUUGUAAGCAAACAAACCAGAUAGCUUUCCAAUUUAAUGUGCACAAAAAUAUACUUAAUACCAGUGUGAGUAAAACAUUUUUUUUGCGAAUGCAUUGGAAUGAAACCAAUUUAGAUAGACUUUGACUAUACAUGGUGGACCAGGUUUUUCAAACUCUAAUAAUUGUAAGCAUUUUGUCGUGCAUAAUAACGGUUUUUAUUUUUUAAUAUUUUGCCCGAAAAAUUAUUAAUUAUGAUUUGAUCUGCCCUGUAUAUCGAACUAUAUUUGUACAUUACUGAAAUUAUCAAGUCCUAAUCAAGUUAUUUCUUGUGUAUUUUUUGUUUAUUUGCUCUCAAAUGUCAAUGCAAUUGCAAACUGCAUGAUUAAAAAAAUAUCCGCAACUGUGCCUGGAUAUAAAAAUAUGUACGGUCAAAUUCUGCCCAUUUAUUUUAUUAUGAUUAGGAGUUUGGUGUUUCAAUCUAUGCUUAUAUACUAAUGAUUUUAUUUAGAUAAAUUAUAUAAAUUAACAUAUUCAACUAUUUAUUUGGAGCCGUGUUAAUGUGUACUAAAAAUAUUCUACUAUCUAAAAAUAUGAAAAAUCAAUUUAUGUUUGAAUGCGUCUUUAUUAUUGUUAAAAUGCAAAGUUUUUUUUACCAAAUAAUAAGUAAGAGUUUAAUUUACUUUGAUGCGUUCGUUGCAUCGCACGGAAUGAGCUUAAAACUUUUCAGCACCUUAUUCGCUGCUUGAUUUGCCUGGUAUUGAUCCUCUAAACCGUAGGCGGCAGAUGAGUUCAGCGCAUCAACGGUAGCUUUUAAGUUAAUUUUCACUUCCGCAAUAUCCACAGCCUCAGCAUGUUGUUUGCAUUCACUCAACAAAUUCCGUCUAACUGCUCGGGAAGUUUCUAAAGCCUGUUGAAUUAGUUGCAUCGGAUGACCUCGAUGACUACCUUUGGCGCAAUCCUGGCAAAUUAUUUUGCCACACUUGUGACAGAAAAGAACCUUCUUUGCCCUAUGUAGUGAGCAGACAGUGUUGAAAUCUUCACUGGAAUUAUUGUCCUUUGUAGAGCAGUCCUGAUUUAUGCCCUGCAAGGAGACAAAAAAUUUGUAACAAUUUUUAUUACCGUCAAUAAUAUUCGUUUGCCGUCGUCAUUUACAAAGGCAACUGUUUUAGAAAGUUUAAAAGUUUCUUAAAAGUGAUAUGAUAUAAACUGCCUACCAUAAUCAUCCUAGAAGCACUGUACAAAAAACAACAACAGAAUAUUUCAAGUUAGGAACAAGUGACACUAAAAUUAGCAUUGUCCUUAUUUAUAAUGGCAAAGGAUUGCAUUACCUGUUGAAAUAACCAACCCUUUUACAUUACAUUGAUUCAUGUAAUUACCAUUUAAUGACCUGUUCCUUGAAACCCUAUUUAAACAGUUCUGAAAUUCUAGAUAUACUAAUCGUUUUGCGAUACGAUUGCCUUAUUUCAAUUAGGUCUAAACCGCUUAUCCCUUAGAAUUAAUGUUCCCAUUAAUUACUAGGUAGUUUGUGAAGGUUAACGUUAUAUUUAAUCGGUCAGUGGACAUUAUGGUUAUAAAUAUAAUGAAAUAAAUAGUUUUAAAUUCUGUGGGUCUGUAUUUAAAAGAACCGUAGUGUUUCCUCAGUAUAUUUAUGGUCAUUCCUAGCAAAAUCAUUAUCUUUAAGUUUUGAUAACUUAAGAACAUUCACAUAUCUAGUACGGUAUGUUAUGUUUUUUAUGUUUUUUUCUCUACGUUGCAUAUGGUUAGUCCUGUCUACAACUUUCAUGUUGAGGAUUUAAGAUUAUUUUGAAAGGCUCUUUUGUAACUCAAAAUAAAUAAGAACUAAAAGUUCAGAUUUUCACGAAAUUAUAUAUUAUGACAUGACAAUUGUUUCGACAACACCGUGUCUUUAUCAAAUGAUCUGAAAUUUUGGUUCUUAUUUAUUUUGACAAAUGGAUUUUCAUCAAGUAAAAGCCACCUCAGUUCAAUCUUUUGUAACUCCCUAUCCCAAUUGGAUGUCUAGUUUUAUAACCUUUUCUUCUCGCGAUUACUAAUGUUAAUUAAGGUGGGCCACGAAAAAGUCUUUAAGUUGUUUAUAAAACAGUUAAAUCCUAUUUAUUUGAAAACCGAAACUAAAAUGCGAAACAGCCAGUUCCAAUUUAAUUCUAUUUCUUAUGUUUGCGAAAUAUAUACGGUUGACAU